UGUGUGUGUGCGCGCUAUCUAUUAAUGCAAAAUUUUGCUUUUAAAUAAAAAUUUAUUUUUUUAUUAUGAAAAAUUAUUUAAAACACAUGUGUUUAUUUUAAAAAUUUUGCACCUUGUAAAUGCGUAACAUUGAAAAGAUUUUGUGAUGAGUCAGCCAGUCACUAUUGACGCUGACAUGAGGAAGUACUUCGAAGUCCUCCUUAAGGAAUGCAUCAGCAACCUCUCCUUGAAGUUCGUCCUUCAACAAGUCGACAACAACUGCAACAACAGCAACUUAGUGAAUGCAAACUUGUUGCUGACCAAUCUGGGCGGCAACAUGAAUCCGUUGAAUGCGAUGAUGAACGCGAACAACUUUGCAGGCAGUCUCAAUGCAGUAACGAUCAAGACAACACCUGAUGUUCUGAACAACAACACAGUGAGUCUCAACGCUGCCAACAACUAUUUGAUUAGCAAGUUACUCGCUUCCAACCAACAACAACAACAACCUCAACAACUUAGCUCUCAAAUUCAACAACAACUUCAGCUUGUGCAACAACAGCUGCAGCCACAACUGCAACAACAGCUGCAGCCACAACUGCAACAACAAAAUUUGCAACAACAGCAACAACUUAUUCAACAACUAACUCAACAACCACAGCAACAACUCCUACAACAGCAACAGAUCCAGCAACAGCAAGCGCAACUGCAAAAACAACAGUUACAACAAAUGAUAAAACAAAAACAUCACGUGGUCGUGAAAGUUUUGAAGGCCAGUUCACUUUUCGAAACAGAUGCGACAUGCAGUUACAAGCCUUACAUAGGAAUAUUUGUUGACGAGCCAGUGCAACAGCAGCAGACGAGUUCAGUCGUCGAUUCAAUAAGUCCUUUCUAUGACGAAAUUUUUGUCUUUGAUGCCAACGAAUUUACGAGAAAAAUAUCAUUCGAAGCCAGAGAUAAAACAAACAGCAACGUAAAUCUAGGCAGAGCUGAAGUGUUUCUAAAGGAUAUACCACUUGAAAUGAAAGGGGGGAGCAACUUAAUUGUACCUCACAGAAUGGUUCUGCCUAUGUUUUGCCAACAAUCAACGUCUAAUAGAUCUCUAACUAUUGACAUUUCUCGUCAGCCACUAGGUUACUCUAAAGAUGUAGAGUUGAUUCAACAACAACAACUGCAGCAACAACAACAGCAACAACUAUUGCAACAGCAAUCGCAACAAUUACUGCAACAACCGAAUCUGUUAUCAAACAAUGUUGGCACAGUGCUAACAAACAUAAACAGUGCCAUGCUUAACUCGCCCAACCUGAUGAAUGAUGUCACGUUGACCAACACGCCUGUGUCCUCCAUGGGCCUACUGACUACCGCAACCACCUCAGUGAUCUCCUACUCAACCUCAAUAACUUCACAACCCCCAAUUACUUCGUAUUCUAGUAUUGGCGGUUCCUCAUCAUCCACGUUCAACUCCAUGACUGGACAAGGUCAGUUGCAGAUCGCAUCACCGACCAUUCGCGUGACAGCAGAUUUUGACACAUCAUCGAAACCUGGAACUCUCUACAGAGACAUCAAUCAGACCGUUCCGAAACGAAAGUCCUUGAUGACCGCUUUCAAAGAAAAAUUUCGACGUCCGAAAAACCCUCGAUCUCGCAGCGUUGACAAUUAUCAAGUUGAUGUUACCUCUUCAACUAGUAAAAAAAUGGAUUUAAAUAACGAUGGGUACUAUUUGACACCUCCCCCCAAGCGAAACUCUCCACCAAAAAUCUUGAAGGAGUGGUCUAAUCAAUCUUUGACAUCACAGGAUCCUUACGAUAAGAAAUCAAGAAAAUCGAAGUUCUCUGGUGUUAAAAACUUGUUUCGCAAGUCGGCAAGCAGAGAACAGACGCCAAUGUCUUACCUGACACCAAGUCAACAACAGCAACAGCAGUUACAACAACAAUUACAACAACAGCAACAAUUACAACUUCAGUUCAAUCGUCAAUCGCAGCAGCAGCAAUCGGAACAGCUUCAAAGACUUCAACAGAUGCAAAAUGUUCAGCAACCUCAAUUAAUGCAAAAUCAGCUACAAAUGUUUUCAGGCCAAAGUAAUUAUAGACAAGAACAUUAUAAUUAAAAAAUGCUUGAUAAAAAAAACAAAUGAAAUCUUUUGAACUUUUUUAUAAACAUCUUUACACUUUAUAGCUGAUUUAUUAACAAAUUUGUAUUUUUACCAAUAUUAUCAAUUUUUUUUGUUCAUUACAAUCUGCCAUAUCACCGUUUGAAAUCAAAACUUUCUAAAUUUUCAAACUGGUAUAAACUAUUUCUUUUGUCUAUCGUGCUUUAAAGUUCAAACGCUAAAUUAGAAAUUUCUUAUUUUUUAAUGCGAUUAACAGAUUAAUCUUGUUUGAAGUGUUCAGAUUUAAAAUAUACAUUUAGAUUGUGAAAAAAUGCCCUAACAAUAUCAAAAUCAACAGCUUUUAUUAGAUAUUUUCAGCGUUUUAGUUGCAGUCAGUUUUGUAGUUAAUGUUUAUUCUAAAAAAUAUGAUUGUAAACUGUUCCACAUUUGAAUUGAUUUUUUCUGUUUUUUUUUUUUAAAUCAUUUUUGCAUGUUAAGGUUAGUAUUAGGCAUAGAAAAUGUGAUUUUAAUAUGAGUAACUAUUAAAAAAAGAUUAAGGAUCCAGCUGAUCAUAUGCAA